AAGGUUCCCUGUGCCGUUCAAACACCAUCCCAAGCGAUCGCAACCCAUCCGAGCCGAUCCGGUUCAACAUUUGCAGAAUCCCUGCACACAGCUCUUCCAGGUGCCCACGGUAAUUGAUCCAUGCUCAUCGCCACUGCCUGCUGCCGUUCUACACCACUAUUGCACCAACUCAUUACAACGGGCUUUCAAUUAUUAUUAGCCUGUUAGACUGAUAAAUGGGACGUCGAUGAGUCACCUCCGUGAAGGCCCAACCGCGAUCCGAAUCCAAAAUUGAUAAAAGCCCAAGUUGCGCUAGCAGUUCUUAUCGGCAAAUUGGCUACUAGAUAAUGCCGCAGGGCACCGUGGACGCACGUCAGCUACGGGGAGAGAUCUAAGACAAAGCCAGUGGGCGGUACCUCCUUUGCAGCCGUACUAACGCAGCUACCAACUACGUAUCCGUUUUUCCAGUUCGAUGGAGGAUUACACAUACACCUACAUCUCCGAGCCCGUGGAGUUCCGCCAGCUGGAGGGCAGGGCAAUUGACUUCCGCAAGACAUUUGAUCUGCGGGGCCAGGGUACCGAUGAAAUGCUCCAGUUGUACCUGCGCAAGGCCAACUUAUCCGAUGAUCUCGACCGUCUGCCGGCAAUAAUGCGACGCGCCUAUGUCUAUGACAUAAUAAGGAGCGACAAGGAACCCGGUUACUGGGUGCCACCUUCUAUGCAAGUGAGCAGCGACGUCUUCGCACAUCCCCCGCCUGCUGUUCGUCCACCUCCUCACUACGCCGACAACGUGAGCAUAAACGCCAGUCUAGACGGCAUGAAGAGCUCCUCCUCCUCGAGCAGCCUGGACAGGUAUGUGGGCGCUCCCCCCUCAGUGGCCUUCGCGGGUCCAAGCUUCGCCAGCAGCGUUUUGGUCAGCAGCAAGGGCUCCAAGUACGAGAUCAGCGGACCCGUCAACUUCCAGCACGUUUCCGGCGAUGUGACGCGAGAUCGCACACGAAACGCCUUCGACCUAAAUGCCAAUUCCAACGACAAUGUGCUGAGGAAGUACAUGAUGGAGCGUGGCAUUACCGAGGCGGACAUCAGCAGCAUGCGACGCCAAGAAGUGAUAAAGAAGAUUAUUCACUCCAAUUUUACUUGGAUGCCACCAAAAAGUGAAACUCAGGCUCAGCCAAAAGUUCAUGAUCAGGCCAGGCCGCUGCUCUAUGCCACCAUUUCCACCAAUAACCAGAUUACUCCUCCGCCGUCUCCACCGCCACAUCCAAAAGCCACUGUUUCGAGGCCAACGGAGGCACCAAACUUUUCCAACUACGCCUCGCUUACAUCGCGGUUUGUGGAUAUCGCUGAUAUGGACUUACCUGCUCCUCCAACUCCUGUUAGACCGGCAGAGGUCGGAACUGUGAUACCCGUCCAAGUGCAGCCUCAGCAGAGUAUUAAACCUAGGGUUCCGCCACCUCCGUCGGCGGUAAUGGCGAAGAACACACAUGGAUAUCCAGCGGCCAUUGACAUUCGUCAAGUGAGACCCUCUGUAGCGCCAAAGGUUGCCAGUGAAACAUAUGCCACCAUAUCACCGCAUCGGAAAGUGGGGUCAAUGCGCGUCCCACCGCCACCGCCUCCAAAGCCAACUAUAUUGCCCAAUACAAGCUCGACGAUUUCCAACGGAUCGCCGUAUGCUGUGUCCCUAGUGCAGUAUGCUCCUGUUGCCAAGCCGGCGCCGCCACCUCCCCCAGCCAAGCCGACUUCUAGAUCUUCGGCUGUCUAUAUGACACCACUGCCAGCGCAGAAAUCAAAGAUUACUGGCACCGGAGCGCCAGCUCCACCACCGCCGCCACAAGCGGCAGUCGUUCCGCAACCACCGCCUCAAGCGGCACCCGCAAGUGUUUCACCACCACCGCCUCAAGCGGCACCCGCAGGUGUGCCACCACCACCGCCUCCAAUGCCCGUUUUAGCUACGGGCGCUCCACCUCCACCGCCACCUCCACCAGGUGGCAUAGCCGGCGUUCCACCACCGCCUCCGAUGCAAAAAUCACAGCCCAAGGCUGUUCCAGCCGCCUCCUCAGGCGGAGACUCGAGGGAUGCGUUCUUGGAGAGCAUUCGACAGGGAGUUACACUGAAGAAAGUGGAUCAGAAGGCGGCCACUAUAAGUGGCAUCAAGCCGCGUCCAGAACGUAAGCCGGUGACCACUGACUUCCUCAGUGAGCUGAAGCUGGGAAUAACACUAAGACGGGUCAAGAAUCCGGCAGAUAAUCCGUAUUCCGAGGAAUCGGAAUCGCAAGCGUAACGAACUGGCGGUUUAACUUUUAACUGUGCCGCACUAUACAACACUGAACCAAGCGGCAGGGCUACCAGACUGAGUAAAACCGCCCUAAUUUUAAGUUUCGCAAAUACAUUUAUAAUUUUAAUAUUAAUCACCAUGACAAAUGACCAUUAGCGUUUGUAAAUAAUAUUGUUAUCGCCAGAUAUGACAGAACUUAUCAUUAUGCCUGACAGUAAU